AUGGACACAGCAGCCACGGACACAGCGGGUACGGGUACAACCGCUACAGGCACGACAGGUACAAACACACCAGGGCUAAGCACAACGGGUACAGGCACAACAGUUUCAGGUACGACAGCUAUAAGUUCAACUACAGUAGGAACAACAAGUGCGGGCACAACAGAUACAGGCACAACAAUUUCAGGUACAACAGAAACAGGCCCAACUUCUAUGGACACAACAGAAAUGAGUACAACAGGUACAGCAACCGGUGCAGUGUCAACAGAUACUGUCUCGACUACUGCAGGAACAACAGUAACAGCAACAACAGUUACCGGGACAGCUGUAUCAGGGACAACGGCAACAGAAGCUACGGAAACAACAGCUACAGCUUCGGGAACAACGGGAACAGGCUCAACCUCCGCAAGCUCCACAGGUACAACCACAGCGGUAACCGCCACAGGGACUACAGCAACGGGCACUGCAUCAACAAGCACACCAGGAGCGAUUACCACAGCUUCUAGCACAACAGCUACAGGAACAACAGCAACAGGCUCAACAGGCACGGGCACUACAGCUACAGAGUCAACCACGGGAGCAGCAACGACAGGCUCAGAGACGACAGGUACAGUGCCAACAGGUUCAACAACAGCAGUGGCAACAGGCACAGGCACAGCAAGUUCAGGGACGACGGCCACAGACUCCACUGCUGCAGGCAUAACAAGUACGGCCACGACAGGUACCAGCUCACCAGUUUCAGUCACAACAGACACAGGGACGACAGGUUCAAGCACGUCAGGUUCGGUAACUUCAGGCUCAGGGACAAUGCCUACUGCAACAACAACUGCCUCCAGAAGCACGCAAAGCACGGGGACGACUGGUUCGGGUACAUCAAGCUCGGCAACUACAGUUGCAUCAGUUUCAGGGACAGUAUCAACUACAACAACAGCUGCACCUACAGGCACACAAAGCAUAGGGACGACAGGAACGGGCACGACUGGCUCAACAACUUCUUCAGCAGCAACAGCUACAGGCACAACAGGUACUAGCAGCGACAUGACGAGCACGGGCGCCGGUGCAGGUACAAACACGGCGAGCACCACCACCAUGGUCGCUACGGCUACAGAUGUUACGACUAUAGACUCUUCCUAUACCACAGCAACUGCUACGAGAGCUACAACUGCGGGUGCCACGACCGUGGCCACGUCCACCGAUACCACAGCUGUCACUUCUGUUGAUACAUCAGCGUCAUUGUCGGUCCCUAUAACCACAGCCACAACCGCAACAACAGUAGCCGUUACGAAGUCUACAAGUUUGCCAGCCACGGUUACAAGCAUCAGCACCGCAGCCACAGGCACGACCGCUGCCGACACAACAAGUGCCGCUGGAACGACCAAAGACACAGCAACGACAUCGAUGGGCACCACAGCCACGGCCAUCACCACGGUUGUAGACACGACAGCCACCACGGCCACGGGUAGUGGCGUCUUGACCACAGCUACUGUAGACACGUCCACGUCCAUCCAGACAUCUGGGGUUACGACAGGAACCGGUUCCACUACAGGCUCGACGGUUACCGGAACGACGUUGCCAACUACCUCUCUCACACACACGACGACUACAACCUCGGCGACAGAUAGCGGAACGCUGCUUACAGACACCACCACGAGCGGCGCCGAUGCAUCUACCAAUACGGCAGUCACAAGCACGACGGCCGUUGGCAGCACCACUUUGGACUCUACGACGAGCACGGAUACUGCUCAAUCGACGGCUGACGGUACAGGACAAUCGCGUACCACCACCAGCACGGCAACGGCAGACUCGACUGUUGCCACGACGGCGGACGGCACAGGGAGCUCGCUCACCAUAACCGGCACCACGACUGCAGAAUCGACAGGUGCCACGACGGCAGACGGCGCAGGGAGCUCGCUCACCAUAAUCGGCACGACGACUGCAGAAUCGACAGGUGCCACGACGGCAGACGGCACAGGGAGCUCGUGCACCACCACCAGCACGACGACCGCAGACUCGACAGGUGCCACGACGGCGGACGGUACAGGGAGAUCACGCACCAUCACCGGCACCACGGCUGCAACUUCGGGAACCAGCACAGGGGCAUCACAUACCGGAACAACUCUUCCAUCGACGGCUACGGACACGGGGGCCACCGGCAUCACAACUCAAUCGACCGAAGCAAGUGUCGCCGCGUCGACUACAAGCACGGAAUUGGAUGCAACUACCACUUUCGCCACGACGGAAACGGGAACAGGAGACUGA